UAUAGUUGUGUAGGCCUUCCUUGUGAUGUUCGCUCUCAUAUUUUCAAGAUGGAAGGGGGUAACAGUUCAACAGAGUUUUAUCUGUUUGAGAAUAUUUGUGGAAAUUCACCUUUUUGGACAAAUGCUGUGCUGAAGUCGGAAGCUCCUAAGUUUACUUCUUGCUUUCAAACAACAGUACUAGAGUGGGCUCCCUUUGCAUGGCUUGCCGUCACACUUCCGAUAUACACCGUGUGUCUUUGUUUUCGCCCCAAAACGUUCCCUCUACCACUGACGGCGAUUAGUAUUACCAAGACGGUCGGAUGUGUCGUGUUGCUAGCACUGACACUGCUACAGAUAUGGGCGGUCGAGGAGGAGGGAUGGGAACACAUAUCGGAUAUAACGACGCCUACAAAUAUGACCACGCCCACAAACAUUACGUCAGCAGGAAUCUAUGAUCCCCCAACAUCGUUUUACCUCGGAAUUAUACUUCGCGCAGUUUCACUAGUUGUGGUGGGAGUAUUUAUCCAGUACGUAAGAUGUUACGGGGUCGUCAGUUCCGGGGUAUUGUAUUUCUACUGGGUACUGUUGUUUGUUUGUGGAAUAAUACCACUACAGUCGGCCAUAUCAUAUCAGGCAGACUCCACGAGCAGUAUACUCCACUACGUAUACAUGGCGGUCCUAUGUGUACAAUUUAUCCUCCAUUGUUUCGCCGACACACGUUCAGGACAGCUGUACCAAGAAGUUGGAGAGGAUGGCCCGCCCUGUCCGGAUGAACACUCCUCUGCAUUGUCCCUAUUUACCUACUUUUGGUUGACUCCAAUCGUGAUCAAAGCUUUUAAGUCAAAGAUGGGUAUGGGGGAUCUCUGGGAACAGACACCACGUCUUAAGUGUGAGAAUGCUGUGUAUGAACUAGGAAAGGCCUGGGACACACAGCAACUCAAGGCAAACAUUGCAAACAGAAAAGCCAUUAGUACAGUUAGACGAGACACUCGACACAAGAUCGUGGCGAAUGGAUUUGCCAGAUCGGGUGAGGACACGCCCCUCCUGACGUCAAACCACAUCACUUCUGAAGACACUGAUCCUUCCGCCACCGCGCCAAAGAUAAAGAAGGCGUCGCUGUACUGGUCUUUGUUUAAGACGUAUGGACCAAUAUGGAUUGUCACUGUUUUCAUCAAACUUAUCAGUGAUAUCACUGCUAUGCUUCAACCUGUUAUACUUGGGAUGAUAGUAUCCUUUAUCGAAGCGAAGGCGGAGAAUCGAGAUCCUAUAUGGGUAGGAUAUGGGCUGUCCUUAUUGUUCGCUCUUGUCGGGGAGGUAGAAACACUAGUCUACAACGCCUCACUCCAUGUCAACAUGGCAAUCGGCAUCCGGGUCAAGUCGGCGCUUAUUGGUGCUAUCUACCAGAAGUCUUUAAGAAUGAGUAACUCAGUGAAGAAGGACUUCACAGUCGGAGAGAUUGUAAACCUAAUGUCGGUUGACUGUCAGAGGAUCCAGGACGCCUUCGCCUUCCAUCACUGGAUAUUCUCCUUCUUCUCCAUCACUGCUCUAGGUUUGUAUUUGGUUUGGGACUCCAUGGGAAACGGCAUGUAUGGUUGUAUUGUCAUUGUCAUCAUCUUCUCCAUACUAAAUAUCUACUUCGGCCGACUUCAAGAAAGAUACCAACAAGGUCUUCUCAAACUGAAGGGAAACAGGAUGAAACUUCUCAAUGAGGUCCUCGGUGGAAUCAAGGUCCUUAAGAUGUACGCGUGGGAAAAAACGUUUACAGAAAAGAUCAAGGCGAUAAGAAGUCAGGAGAUGGGUUUUCUAAGGAAAAUUGCCGUCGUUACUGCAGUGUCUGUCCUGCUGGCUGUCCACAGUCCAUUCUUUAUGAACUUUGCUAUCUUGCUGAUUUACAUGUUAGCCGAUCUCUCCCAGUAUCUGGACGCCACCACCGCAUUUACAAUUAUAUCUGUCGUCAACGUUAUUCGAUAUCCAAUAGCGUUAUCUCCCUUUGUUAUCACUUCCUGUAUACAGACAUAUGUUUCCGUCGAUCGCAUCCAGAGAUUUCUGUGGGAAGAUGAUUUAGAAUCCGAAAAUGUGAAGCGUGUCACCCACGGUGAUCACGCGGUCAGCAUUCGUCACGGUCGGUUUACUUGGGAUAUCCAGGAUCAGACGACAACACUGACGAACAUCGACUUUGAUGUACCAGAGGGUAGUUUGGUGGCGGUGGUGGGAAUUGUCGGUUCUGGCAAAUCUUCGCUCAUCUCAGCGGUAUUAGGGGAACUGGAAAAAUUGGAAGGGGAGGUCACUCUAAAGGGGUCGCUUGCGUACGUACCCCAGGAGGCGUGGAUACAAAACAUGACACUUAGAGACAACAUAUUGUUUGGAAAGGCACACAGAGAGAAGAAGUAUCGGAAAGUCUUGGAAGCUUGCCAACUUAUUCCUGACUUAGGUAUACUGUCCGCAGGGGACCAGACUGAGAUCGGACAAAAGGGUAUCAACCUGAGUGGUGGUCAGAAGCAGAGGGUCAGUCUGGCUAGAGCGGUAUACAACAAUGCUGACGUCUACUUACUGGACGAUCCUCUCAGUGCAGUGGACAGUCACGUGGGCAAGGCGUUGUUCCAGCAAGUCAUCGGCAACGAAGGACUACUCAAAAACAAGACCCGUAUCCUAGUGACCCAUGGCGUCCACUGGCUUCCUAACGUGGACAGGAUCAUCGUCAUGGACGGUGGUCAGAUAUCUGAGAUAGGCACUUACGAGGAACUCCUACAACAUAAUGGACCGUUCGCUCACUUCCUACAAACUUUCCUCUUACACGACGACGACAAAGACGACGAAAAAGAUGAUGAAGAAACAGGGACAACCCGUCGACGAAGGACAUUAUCCGUACAGGAAAUAAAGGACAAGAUGUGGGAACAAAUAGAGGAGGUCAUGUCUGAUGGCUUGACUACGUCAGAUGAUACCAUAACCAUAGAGGGACUGUCUCGGCGGCAAAGUGUCAGAAAAAUCUCCAAGAAUGGCUCCUUAGUGCCAUCAAAAUUGUUGACAAGGGCAAUAUCUCGACAAAUGUCAAGAUCGAUUUCGCGAUCAAUGACGAGGUCAAUGACAAAAGCAGACGACAAUACAUUUGGACAGCUGAUAACAGAGGAGGGGACAGAGGAAGGAGCGGUGAAAUGGGGUGUAACACUCGCCUACCUCAAAUCGAUGGGAGUGUUUGCAACAGUGUUUGCAUUGUUUAUGAUGACCGUAUUCCAAAUCCUGAAUGUGUACUCGACAUUCUGGAUCACUGGGUGGACAUCUGACGAGUACCUUGUCAACACGAGUCACCAAGGGGAGGACGAGUACAUCGACAAAAACAUCUACUACCUCGUGGUAUAUGGUAUUUUCGGCAUCGCACAAGGGAUCUGUCUCUUCAUUUUUGCCAUCAUUUCGCUUAUGCGGAUUGUGCAAGCAAACGGACGUCUUCAUGCGAAGAUGUUAAACUGUACGUUCCGGUCCCCGAUGUCAUUUUUCGAUACGACACCUAUCGGUCGAAUUAUGAACCGUUUCUCCAGUGAUAUAGACGUGUUAGACGACCGCAUGUCUCGGACCUACAGAUUGCUGACAAUUUUCCUGUUUGUGCUGGCGUCCACAGUCGUUGUUAUCUCUAUCACGACACCAAGCUUCCUCAUCGCUCUUGUCCCUGCUGGAGUUGUCUACGUUCUCUUUCUAAGAUUCUACCUUCCGACAGCCCGUCAGCUGAAGAGGAUAGAGUCAGUGACUCGUUCGCCGGUAUACAAUCACUUCAGUGAGACCAUCACGGGCGCUAGUGUAAUACGAGCGUACCAGGCAUCCGAGCGAUUUAUAGAGGAAUCUCAGAAACGGGUAGACAAGAACGCCGCCUUCUACUAUGCCGCUAAUGUGUCGGCAAGAUGGAUCAGUGUCGUUGUGGAGACCAUCAGUAACAUACUGGUGUUUGCCGCGGCGCUGUUCGCCAUCAGUGCACCAGAACUGAGUGGAGGAGACGUUGGCCUCACCCUCACUUACUCUUUGCAGAUUGUUGUUGGUUUAGCGUUAGUGGUGUUCGGUGUCAGCGAGAUGCAGAUGAACAUUGUAUCUACGGAACGCGUGGUGGAAUAUACGGAUAUGCCAGCAGAGGCUGAAUGGAUCAGAGAUGACUUUCGCCCUCCCCCUAUGUGGCCUCACGCCGGGAGUAUCAAGUUUGAGGGCUACACUACAAGGUACCGCCCCGGACUGGAGCUUGUUCUCAGGGGCAUAGACUGUGAGAUACAGAGUGGGGAGAAGAUUGGAAUAGUUGGAAGAACUGGGGCCGGAAAGUCGUCUCUGACUGUCGCCUUAUUUAGACUCAUUGAGUCAGCAUCCGGGACGAUAUCUGUAGACGGGAUACGGACAGCAGACCUUGGACUGCAUGAUCUAAGGCCGAACAUCACAAUAUUGCCACAGGACCCUGUGUUAUUCUCGGGGCCUCUAAAAUCCAACCUGGACCCGCUAAGCAGAUUUACGGAUCAUGCAAUUUGGAAAGCGUUGGAGUCCGCCCAUAUGAAGUCAUUUGUUCAGAAUCAACGAGAUCAGCUCUAUUAUGAAUGUGGAGAGGGCGGGAUGAACUUGAGUGUAGGCCAGAGACAGCUUGUGUGUCUCGGUCGAGCCCUGCUCCAUAAAAAUAAGAUUCUAAUAUUGGAUGAGGCUACCGCCGCUGUUGAUAUGGAGACUGACGAACUCAUACAACAGACGAUACAGAGCGAGUUCGAGGAGUGCACAGUACUUACCAUCGCCCAUAGACUUAACACUAUCAUGGAAUACGACAGAGUGAUGGUUCUAGACAAAGGUCUAAUCGCAGAAUUCGAAACACCGCGGGCCCUUCUGCAGGACACCACAAGUGUAUUUUACGGAAUGGCAAAAGAUGCGGAACUUACAGACUGGUUUGAAAAUGACAAAUAUGCCAAGAAAAUGUAAACGAACCUGCCUAAUUAAAUCCAAGAGGGAAUGUAUCAAACUAUACACUAAUUCGUUGUGACGCAUGUUGUAGUAAACGCAAAAUGAUUUAGGUAAUGUUAGAUGAAGGUAAUAUCCGCACCUUUUGCGAGGCUCUUCAGAGAAGCUUGUUUUGAGGAAGUCUGUUUUGACAUUUUAGUUUUCUACACAAUAUUACUCCACUCGAAAUUUCGACUGGACUAUUAGUUAAUUAAUGUAGAAAUUUUGAAGUGUACAUUAAAAUUUCUGACUACUGAGCUAAACAUCGAAUUUACUGACAUUAACAUGGAUUAUUUUAUCUUUAUAAAAAGCAAUAUAGAUAUUUUAAUCAAACAUCAUUUUGGACCAUCAUUAUGAACUUUGAUAAUAAAAAUGCAAUGUUUUAAAAUGUUUUGUUCUUCAAUUGACGAUAAUUAAUAAGACAUUCAUAAGAUGUUUGCAUUGAUGAAAAUAGCCAAAUGUAGGCAUCAUCACGUACGGACAUCUUUCGAACAAUGUUUUCUCUGUAACAUGACGUCUGUUGUUCCUGUUUCCAUGUUAACAUAAUCCGAACACGUCCUUUUUACGAGAAGGGGGCGUAACUCUAUUUGAAAAAGAAAAACAAGCAGAUAUGGUCUACAAUAAUCAUUUAAUCAUAUAUGUGUAUAAGCAUUUUAGGAGAUGCAGUGAAGAUACAUGUUUUAUGUAAAUGGGACAUUACUCCGUAUACAUGUUGUGAAAUGAACGAAGUGAAUAAUUGCAUACACGUUAAUGAUGUGUAAACAGUUUUGUUGAAUUCGGUCUUGUAGUUGAGUAGUGAAUGACCGAUCAAUUAGUCAAAGUUAUUUAAACCAACUUGCCAACAAUGGUCGGAAUAAGAAAUUAUUGGUGGAUUAAAGCUACUUU